AUGUGCUCUGCAGUAGCUACAGUUCGUUGCGUUCCCUCUCGCUCCUCUUCGCUUUAGAGUUCAACAUUAGUGCUAAUAUCGAGCCUCGCGCCUCCUCGAGCUUCGCGGGUGCGAGAGGGACACACACCCCCUCCGCGCCACCCCGAAAUGGAAAAUCCUCGGAGAGGCUUAGCGGAGCUACUGGCGCCGUCCCCGAUACAACCCACCCCGAUUUUGGAGAUAAUUAGUUUGGAGGAAUUCGACCGUGGAGCGAGGGAACGCUGUGGGCUCGAGCCGGUGCCAGCGCAACAUGCGGCGGAUUUUCAGGCUGCCGUGGAUUAUAUCCUGCGGGGAGAUGUCGAAGGUGGGAUUGACGGGAAGGGAGCGGGUUUGGCGGCGGAAGAAGCGGAAGGGCGGUUGGGGAAGGAAGGCACGGGAACGGUAGUAAGAGAAGGAAGAGAGGUGCUGGAUGAAACCGGUGAUGUCGUCAUGGCGGAUAGCAAUACCGAAGACACGCAUUCCGCGGAUAAGCUUCUAGAGGCGGCCGCCAGUGAGAGAUGGACACGUGGAGGGUAUCUAGACCUGCACCGAAUCAGCACCUUCUUGGAUCGUCACAUGGCAAAAAUCAGCGAAUCUAGUGCCCCAAAAGAGGAUGCUCUGGGGAGCACUAGCAACAACAGCAGCAGCAGCAGCAGCAGCAGCACUCCUGUGGGCGAAGGUCUUAUUGGCAGACUAGGACCGUCCAUAGUCUACAUGUUGCGGAGCUCGUUUUCCGGGGAGAUUAAAGUGGAGGGAGGCGGGCCUUGGGGCCCCGCGGAGAGGCCAGGGGGAGGGGGCGAGGGGGAGGCGGAGGGCGGGGGUGGGGGGAGCAGCCGCGGGCGGGGGAUCUCGGAUGCUGCGGCGGCGCUGAGGAGCAUCUGGGGGGAGGAGGACAUGGCGGGGGUCGACUUCGAGGGGAUGGAGUGGGCGGGAGGCGGAGGGGGAGGGGGAGCAGGAGGAGGGGGGUCAGGAUGGGAAGGGUUGGUGCUGGAUUCGUUGAGAACAGCAGCAGGAGCAGGAGGAGGAGGAGGAGGAGGAGGAGGAGGAGGAGGGGCAGCAGGGCGCAUCAGAGGAAGAGGAGGAAGGAGAGAAGACCUCGGAGGGGGUCUGGUUCUCGAGAGCCUCAGCAGUUUCAGCAGCGCGCGGGCCAACGUGUGCGUGUACACGGGCCGUUGGAUGUACGAGGCCACUCUAGGCACAGCAGGCAUCCAGCAGAUCGGGUGGGCGACGCUCGCCUGCCCGUUCACUGCAGAGGAGGGAGUGGGGGACGCGCCGGACUCGUAUGCCUACGAUGGCAAGCGGGUGCGGAAGUGGAGCGCGUGGUCCGCACAGUACGGCCAGCCGUGGGCCCCACAUGACGUCAUUGGGUGCUGUAUUGACCUGGAGGGGGGAGGGGCGGCUGAGCAUGCGGGAAUCGAAGCCUCGGGAGCUGCUGCUGCUGCUGCUGGUGCUGGGGGUGCUAGUGUAACUGCGGGUGCUGGUACUGAUGGUGGUAAUGGUGGUGGUGCUGCUGCUGGUGGCAGGGCUACCAGUGGCACGGCAGUGGGGAGGGUCUCAUUCUACCGCAACGGGGUGUGUCUGGGAGUGGCGUUCACGGGAGUGCGCGUCCUCCAGAGGGGCCUCGCCUACUUUCCUGCCGUCUCCAUCUCCCACGGGGAGCGCUGCGAGCUCAACUUUGGUGCCCGUCCCUUCCGUUACCCCGUUACCGGGUUCCGCCCAUUACAGUCACCUCCUCGCGUGUGCUGGCCUGUGCCCUCCGCUGCUACAGUGUCACUGGAUGCUGCUGCUGGUACUGCCCCUGGUGGUACUGCCACCGCCGCUUCAGCUGCUGGUGCUGCUGCUAGUGCUCCUGCUCCUGCUGAUGCUGCUGCUGCUCUCACUGCUGCUCCCCUCCAUUCCCCUCCAUCUCCUGCCGACCCCAGCUCUCUCCCCACUCACGUGGGUCAUUUCCUCCUGCCCAGCCUACAGCCCAGCACGCCCCACCAGCACGGCCAUUUAGUCACAGCAGGCAGUGCGGCGGGCUCUUCAGACACAUGUCACUUUGCGUGCUUCAAUGCAGCUGCCUGCUCCUCCUACCUCCUCCAAUGCCUCUCUCGGAUUCUCCAUAUCACGUCCCUUCCCUCCUCACACCCCUCAAAACUAUCCUCCUUCACCUCUCCCCAGGGCUCCUCCCCAUCCUCCGCCCCUGCCUCGCUUCCCCAGAGCCUGCCACCGAACUUGCGACUCCGAACCUGUCCGCUAGGUCCGGACGACGAGGUGCUCCUGGCGGAGAUGCUGUGUGAGAGGCUCGGGCCGAUGCUGCUGGCAGGGGGGGCUCGUAUGGAGGUACAGAGGCAGAUGGGGAGGAGGAUCGGGGAAGGGAGAGGGGGAGGAGGAGGGGGAGAAAGUGUGGGUUUGGUGCGAGGGGGGUACGCUGUAUGGGCGGCGCUGCUUCCUUUCCUCCUUGAUGUGUUUCAGCAGCAGCAGCAGCAGCAGCUGCAGCAGAAGCAUGCAUUGCAUUUCUUAGACAGAGUGAUGGACACGCUUCAUUUGUGUCUGGAGGAGCACGAGUGGGCUGGCAUCAUCCCCGCCCUGAUGGACGCCCUAGCCUUCCACUCCCGAACCACCCUCGUAGGCUCGGCGGCACCCGCAGCACCGAACCUAGCAGCAACAGGCGCAGAGGCGGUCACAGCAGUGGCAACCGCACCUGCAUCAGGAACGGCAGCAGGCUCGGGACAACCCCAAGAGGCUUGGCGAGAGGGGUGGGACCCAUACCCGUACCUCGCGCUGGCCUGCCACUUAGCUAAGCGUCAGGAGGUGCUAAGUGCGUGGUGGGCUGCAGACGGGUUUCCCACCACUAUGGAGUCGUUCUUAACUCGCAAAGUGCCCACGCGGGUUGACUUGGAGCGCCUGUUCCCCGUGCUGUGGUGGAAAGGGUGCCAGGAGGAGGACUGCAGGGAGGCCAGCAUGGACGAGUCCAAGCAGGCGUUUCUGAAGGCGACUUCUCGGGUGGAGUCCUGCCAAGUCUCCCUCUGCCGCUCCCUCCUCUUCUUCGUCCCCCCGAGGAGUAUCACAGGCGCUUCGGCUACUUACUCGCUUUCCACUGGGGGUGUGCUGGCGCCGUUUUUAAGGAAUCUGAUUCGCAAGAACCGGGCGGCCAACAGGAACAUCGUGCCGCCCGGGCUCUCGGACAGCAGCGUGCUGGUGACGGCUUUUUUUGUCCUGUUGCGGCUGCUGUGGGCGGGACUGGUUGGCUCAGGACGCGGGAAACUGCAGAAGACAAAGAAAAUCAAGGCUUUGAGAGAGUCAGGGGGUUUAGAAGGGUCAGGGGGACUUGGGGGGUCAGGAGCAGGAGUUGAGAUAGGUGGAGAAGGAGAGGUACCGGGGGAAGCAGGGGGAGGAGGGAGUGGAAGGGAGGGAGAAGCAGAGAGAAUGGAUGUGGACGGUGAUAGAGCGAGGGCAGAGAGGGACAGUCAUAGUGUGGAAGCAGGGGAGGUGGGGAGAGAUAGGCGGAACCACGGGGCAGGUGCAGCAGGGUGUGGGGAGGGGGACGAGGAGGAGGAGGAUGAAGAGGAGGAGGAAAACGAGGAGGAAGAGGAGGAGGAGGAAAACGAGGAGGAAGAGGAGGAGGAGAGCGAGCAGCUAUCGCUGCUACCUUGGCCUCGAACCCCCUCUGGAACCAUCAGACACACCAAGUCCCGCAUCACCACCGCCACUGCCGCCACUGCCGCCACUGCCGCCACCACUACAGGUUACGUGCAGCGUUGUGGGCGCUGGAAGUUUCCUGUCGCCUUCUUCCUGCAUCCGGACCUGCACUACUUUGACUUGCCGCGCCUGGGGGGGCUCUUCAGCCACGUGGCAAAGACUUUCCCCCUCUCCGCGCCGCAGGACUUUGCCAGCGUGGAAUGGACUGAUGAUGACGUGGAUGAUGAUGAUUGGGCGGCUAGAGAGGAGGGGGAGGGGGAGGGGGCUGAGGAGGUGCAGGGGAGAGGGAUGGGAGGAGUGAAAGGGGAGGGAGCAGAAAGAAGUGACAGAGGGAUGAAGGAAGGAGACGAGAAAGGCGAGGAGGAGGAGGACGAAGACGACGACGAUGACGACGAGAGGGAGGUGCUUCUAAUGGACAUGCUGGUGCUGCUGUUCCACUUGAGAGGUGUUGCUGCGUUCAAACAGUCCGCCCUGCUAUCCCAGGGCAUGGUGCAGGCCAUAUCGCAGCUGGAGGAUGCAGACAGGCAGAUCAAUGCGGCCAUGGGGCAACGGGGCCGAGGGGAAGGGGCACCGGGAGAGGCACUUGCAGGGGCAGGAGCAGGAGCAGGGGCGGUGGCGGGGGCAGGGGCAGGGGCAGGGGCAGGGGGAGGGGCAGGGGGAGGGGCAGGGGGAGGGGUGGUGGGGGCAGGGGUGGGAGUAGGGGGGCUAGCGGGGGAAGAGGCAGGGACAGGGGCAGACGGUGGGGCGGCAGGGGAAGGGGCAAGGGCAGGAGCGGGUGCUGCUGCUGCAGCAGCAGGAGCAGCAGCAGCAGGCACAGCUGCAGGAGUAGGUGUGAGUGCAGUGGCAGCAUUAGGGGGAGUAGUGCGUACGUCCAGGGGAGGUUCUAUCCAGGGAGGUACAGCUGGGGGAGGUACAUCUACACGAACAUCUAGGGGCGGGUUGGGGGGUUCAGUGCGGGCCCAGCAGUUGAGGGAAGCAAGGCAGGUGUUUAGGGAGGAUGUAGAUGAGAGUGUGAGGCAGGCAGUGUGGUGGAGAGCGGUGCUGGGCGGUGCGGCAUGGAAGCAGAGGGCGGUGGUGGGGGUGUGCAGGCGAGUGAGCUCGCUGCUGCUGGCUGCCAGCAAGCGAGGUCACAUCUUCGCCUACGUGCCCGAGGUCUACCUGGAAACCAUGGUCGAGUCCUUCCAUGCCUUCAGGCGCUGCGACCCUCCGCUCUUCCGACUCCGCCGCUCCGUGCACGCCCUCGCGCCCUUCAUAUCCUUCCUGCUCACGCGGUUCAGCGACUCUAGAAUCGCCAACCCGGACACCAAGGACCAGCUGCUACAGACACUCUCGGUGCUGCUGCAGCUGCCGCCCUUCUCCAUCGCACUAGAGACGAACAAGGCCGCCCGCACUUGCCUCAUGCCCAGCCUUCUCAACGCGUUUGACCAGCGCUUCUGGAUACCCGUUUCCCAGAUUCUCCUCCGCCUCUGUGUGAACAACCCCUUCGGCGGCCCCUCCAGCUUCCCCUCGCUCUCCCUCUCCUCCGCCUCCUCCACACUCUCCCUCUUCUCCCCGCUCUUCCAGCACUCCCUGCACCAGCUGCACCUGCACCAGGCGCACCUCUUCUCGCCCUUUCUGAACCGCCUCUUCAACACCCUCAACUGGACGCUCACCGAGUUCUCAGUCUCCCUCAAAGAGGUCCAGGACUUGUAUCACCAGCAGGAGGAGCAGCAGCGGCGGAGAGGGCGGCAGCAGCAGCAGCAGCAGGCGUGGGAUCUGCAGCACCGCAAGUGCAGUGUGAUGUUUGAUCUGACAUGCAACCUUGCCAGGCUGUUUGAGGUGCUCUGUGAGGCCGUGCCUGAGGUGUUUGUGAACGUGGGGGGAGGAGGUGGGGGAAAGGGGGAGAUUGCGCUGGAAGAAAGUGGAGCAGGAGGAGCAGGAGGAGCAGGAGGAACCGAAGGAGGAGGAAGCGGGGAAAUGCGAGAUGAUUCAGGAGGAGAGGAGGGGAGGAGGAUGGUGGCUGGGCUCAAUACCCCGGGCGAGAGGGAGGGAGGAAGAGAGUCCGAAGAGUCAGCAGCUGCUGCUGCUCCUGCCUCCUCCGCCUCUCCCUCCUCCCCCUCGUCCUCGAAUGCCAAUGUUGACCCGGAGAUGAAUCGCAUGCGCCUCUUUGAACUCCUCAUCUUCAUCCUCAACCACACCUGCUCGGGUGCCGAUGCCCGUGCCUUGGAUGGUGUGUUGCACGGCCACGUCUCGCCUUCCGACCGCUCCUCAAGACCCAUGGUCCUCGCCCCCCUUGUCGGCAUCAUAGGCUGCCUCUACUCCCAGGCACGGCAGGCCAAUGAGGAUGCGCCAGCUGGCAUGGUGCAGUCGGUGCUGCAAGCGGAUCCCUCCCUGGACUGCGUGAAGGGAUUGGAGUACCUGCUUGGGUUUGACUGGAAGGCGGCCUUCAGCAGCCCCCCAUCCUCAUCCCUCUCGGAUCUCCGCCUCUUUGUGGACCACUUGAAGAGGGAGCAGGCCGCUCGCAAAGCGGCUGCCGAGGCUGCCGCCACUGCCAGCCGUGAGAGGAAGGGCAAAGAGCAGGCGCAGGAGCAAGGAACCACCGAAGGGGGGAUGGCUGGAGCAGGUGCUCAGGCAGGGGAGGGAGAGGGCGAGGAGGAGGAGGAAGGCGAGCUGUGCAGCAUCUGCUACGCGGCUCCCAGCGACACUCAGUUCGUCCCCUGUGGUCACUCCUCAUGCGACCGCUGUGUGGCACGGCACCGCUUGAACAGCCCUCGCUGUUUCUUCUGCAAUGCUGUGAUCGAGCGACUAGCGGCGAAGCAGUGAUCCUAGGUGAGCUCCGUGCUGUAGCAUCUUCUGUGCAGCUGUGCUGCAUCUACACUAGCUUCACCCCCCGUGGUCAUUUGACUGGCACGGUGCACGGUAAUGAAUUGGCAGAGUGGUGCCAAUUCUCCUUCUGUAAUGCUGUGAUGGAGUGGUUGAUUGGCUGCUGUGCACUAAUUGAAUGGCAAGUUCGAAACACAGACAGACACUA